UACAUAUAUGAACAAUUAUAAUACACAUAUUAUUUUGAGCUGCAAUCUAUUAGAUAUUAUAUAUUUGUAUGUACUAUUUUUAGGGUACGAUGGGUGCUGUUCAUGUGAAAUGUUUAGAACGUUGGUUAGAGGAAAGCAAUAGAAAUAAUUGUGAAUUAUGCGGACACGUAUUUCAAGUCGAACGCACCCCACGUUACAAAGCUAUUACAUCCGUUAUUAUAUGGCUGUGCGUUAUUCAACAUCAACGUCAUCAAUUAUAUAUGCGCAAUUUGAGAACAGAUUUGCUUCGCUGUAUCAUUGUCACCCCAGCGACCGUAAUAUGUUCCUACAUUUGCGUGAUUGGUGCUGAUUUUUAUGCAGCGAAUAAUUAUAAUAAUUUUCCUCCAGCACGAUGGACCACUUAUUCUUUGCUAGUAAUGAUGGCAUUACUCAUUUUUUCGUAUUUCCUCUGGAUAUACAUAGCAGUUGAAAAUCAUCAAAAAAUUUGGUUUUAUUGGUGGCAGAAAACAAGCAUUGUCAAAAUUACAUUGCCUUUGAACAAUAGAACUUAAAUAAACGAUAAAUCUAAUAUAUCACAAGUUUGAUCAUUAUUCGAUGCUUCAUCAAAUGCUUCUAG